AUGCCGCUCUUCGAUCGCCGCCGGUCGGAGAACUCUGCUGCAACAGCGGUCGAGCAGGACCACCCGGAACUCACUAAACCGCAGCUGAAGCGCGCAACGCGGACACGCAAGACCUGGGCCCUCCUCACAUCCUUCUUCCUGUUUGUCGCUGGCAUCUUCCUCAUUCUUCUGGACAUCAGCGGCACAUACAACAAGCACUCCCUCCGCGACUGGUACUUCAUCCGGAUCGACCUCAGCGACAUUGUCCCGUCAUCAGUGCCCAACUAUGCCCUGAUCAACACCGUCGCCCAAACGCUGGGUCUGCACGAUUUCUACCAGGUCGGCCUAUGGAACUUCUGCGAGGGCUACAAGGGCGAGGGCGUGACCUUCUGUUCCAAGCCUGAGACGCUGUAUUGGUUCAAUCCGGUUGAGAUUCUGCGUAACGAGCUGCUCGCCGGAGCGUCGAUCAACCUGCCCGCCGACAUCAACAACAUCCUCGACUUGAUUAGGCUCGUCUCGAACUGGAUGUUCGGCCUCUUCGUGACCGGCACCGUUCUCUCCUUCGUCCUCAUCUUCGUGAUGCCCAUCUCCGUCUUCACGCGCUGGCUGGCCCUUCCCGUCGCCAUGCUCGCCUUCCUCAACGCCCUCUUCGUCACCGUCGCCUCCGUCCUCGGCACCGCCAUGUUCAUCAUCUUCCGCAACACUAUUGGUGGCGUGGCAGAACUCAACAUCACCGCCAAGGUUGGCACGACCAUGUUCGCCUUCAUGUGGGUUGCGAGUGCUAUGACCAUCUUGGCCUGGUUGGUGCAGAUGGGGCUGUGCUGCUGCUGCGCCAGUCGACGAGACGUCCAGACCGGACGCAAGAGGGGCAAUGAGAAGGCCUACUCCAUGGACGGUGGCGCAAGAGGCGUGACCGACCCUGUCGUUGCGGAGACCGAGCCCAAAGCCGCCCGUCCAGCAAGCGGCGUCAAGUUCUGGACGCGUCGCUAG